AUGAAGGCAGAGUUGAAUCAAGAAGAAUAUAUAGAGCCAAAUAUAAAAAUAGCAUUGAGAUCAAAGAAAAAUAUGGAGCACCAAAUAUGUAAAUCAAAGAAAAAUAUGUGGCACCAAUACGAAAGACAUGCUGAGAUCAAAAAAAGUAUUUGGCACCAAGUAUGGAAAGACAGCAUUGCGAUUGAAAAACAAUAUGUAGCACCAAAUAUGGAAAGAUCAAAAAAAAAAAAGCAAUGUCGAUAUAAAGGCACCCAAGAAGUAAACCAAGGUCAAAUGCGGAACACCAAGAUCGAAUGCGGAGGCAUUAAGGUUGAAUGUGAAGAGAUCCAAAAGGCUUCAUAUACCUUUAUUCAUAAUGACAUUAUUGCAUUUUUCAUUGAAAAAACUUUUACUGAUUCUAAAGCUGAUUGA